UUAAUCAAGGAAUAGAAAUGGAUAGAGAAAGAGGGAAUAGUAGAGAUGAGCGCAGGUAUUGUACCUUAUUAACCAGGGCAAUGCAACAUGCGUGUCGUGCCCUUGCAUCAUCCCGGCUGUUCCCUGUUUCCCUUGUCCACUCACCUCCGGGUUCCAUUUCCAUCCUUUAACCUUUGCAUUCUGUUCAAGGUCCUCAUUCUUUCUCAAGCUUCGUGUACUCUGCGGUUGACAAAGGCCUUGGCUAUGGGUGAGUCGUUGGCUGACUUCAUUUCUAUUGAUGGUCUGCCAUUUCACUGUGCUUGUCUUCUGUCGGUCCCAAUGUUGUGCCUAGCUUCCGAGAGCCUUGUGGAGCAUCCAUACAGGAUGAUGAUUCAGCCUAUGAAGUUAGGCGUUUGCUGUUUUUGUUUAUCGGCCUUUCGUAAGUAUUCACCAGGUCGAAAUGAUCAGCUUCAGAAUGAAACUAUCAUUGAGGCAAGAGUUUGCCGGAUAUCCGUCAUUGCCACCGGAGUUCGUGUUGCACACAUGGCAUGGUUGCAGGAAGAAGAUUCUUCGGCUACCAGACCACCAGAUUUACAGCGGAACGUCGAGGCUGCUGGAGGUCUUACGCGACGUCGCCGUUCAGCUGCGUUCUGUCGAUGAUCUGGUAGACGGAACACAAAGGGUGGGUGCCAGUAUGAGUCUUGCUUGUUCACGGCGCAAUGGGCGACCUCAACACCGACAACCCUGCAUGUGAAGGACUUUCAAUGCCUCAUCUCGCAAAAGAAAUGUCUCGUCGCCGCACCCCCCAGCCUCCUCGUGACUUGCUGGCCGCCUUUAUGUGAUCA